AUGGGAAAAGCAAGAAGCACCUACGAUCUAGAAAUCACAAAGAUAUUGGCAAAAACCAUGCAAAGCAGCUAUAGGAAGAAGCAGGUUGAAGAGCUUGUUUCAAGGAUUCUUGAGAAAAUGCAAAGUAUUAUCGGGCCUGCCAGGGCCCACGGGGAAAUAGAAACCUUGAGAGCUGAAUUCGAGGCGUUGAAGCAGGAGGCAUACUCCCUUAUGAAGCCCUGA